AUGGCGGCCAUGCGGAACCCGCACAGAGCCCCACAAUCACCAAGAAACUGGAGUUAUUGCGUCACUAAACUGCUUACCAUUCUGGUUUUGUCUUGUGUGGUGAAGGUCUCUCGCCUGGUUGAGGUGAUGCUGCGUUCCCGCAACAUCAUUAACCCCGUCAUGCGGAUCUGCUACCUGUGCUACGCGGUAUUCUUUGCUUUAUGGAUCUACACCGCCUUUUUUGUUCAGCCCCGCCACCCCAAUUGGAGCGAAACACACAAAUUCCUGCUCUACAGUGCAACAGGUGCAGCGGCGGCGGGAGGCGUUCUCUGGAAUAUCGCAGUGUGGCCCGUUUAUCACAUCUGGACGAUACCGCUUGGAAUAGUGGUGCUGGUGCUUUUUCUUGACGUUGUCGCACUCAUCCCGGGGUUUUCGCGGAAGCUAAAGCCAUAG